AUGGGUCAAAUUAAUGUUAGUCUUGUACAGCCCCAUGUUAAAAGUGUGAAUAUAAUACUAAUAAUUGCACAGAUUGUGUCUCUACUUUUACAUUAAGUACUUCAACAAUAUACCAAUGUGACUGUUCUCCUGGCUAUUUUUAAGUUAAUUCUCAAACAUGUUAAGCAUGUGUAAGUCCAUGUUAAACAUGUGAAUAGAAUCAGAAUCACUGUGUAACUUGUGUGGAUAAUAAUUAAGCUGUCAAUAUUUUAUAUCAAUGUGUUUGCAACCCAGGUUGGAUGUUAGAUACUGAUGGUAUCACAUGCAUAAAAUGUUAAUUACCAUGUUUAGAAUGUGUUGGUACAAUUCAUUAAUGUGUUACCUGUUAAGAUCAAACACACUAAUAGCCUGACAAUUGUGAUUGUUAGCCCGGAUGGAUAUACGACAUUAAUUAUAAUUGUAUACGUUGUUAAUAACCUUGUAAAACUUGCGAGAUAUCUACUUCUAAAUGCUUAACAUGUUUGGAUAUUAAUCAGGAAGUUAAUCCUACAUCAUCAUAAUGUGUUUGCAAAUCCACCUAUUAUUCUGAUAGUCUAAUAUCUUGUGCAAAGUGUUAAGAACCAUGUUAUGAAUGUGAUACAAAUGGUUGCAUCAACUGCAUCGAUACAAAUCAAACCCUGGAUUCCGAUAAAUAGUGUAUUUGUAAAACUGGAUUUGUUUAAAAAGGUUAUGUAUGUCUUCAAUGUUAAAACCCAUGUAAUACAUGUAUUAGCACUGUAACCUAAUGUUUAACAUGUGUGGAUCCAAAUUAAAUGGCCUAAAAUUUUAAAUGCCUAUGUACGGAAGGUUUUGUAAAGAAGGGAGAUUAUUGUUGUGAUCAACAUUGUUUGGAUUGCUAAGGAGUAGAUAAUUGUAAUAGUUGUAUCAAAGGAUACUUUCUGACUAAUAUUAGUAGAUGUUUAAAAUGUAUUGAUUAUUGCAAUGUUUGCUAUAAUCAAAGUGUUUGCCAAACCUGUUAAGAGGGAUACUUUAUCAAUCAAUUGUCACAAUGUGCAAUGUGUGUUCCUUCUUGUAAGAUUUGUGGUGAUCCAUUAAUUUGUGAUACAUGCUUUGAUGGCUAUUAUCUACUGGAUUAGAAAUGUGAACCAUGCAAUCAAAAUUGUGUAACUUGUAAUGAAGCAUCUAUAAAGUGCCUUACUUGUAGGCCCUUUUAUGAAAUAAAUUUGAAUGAUUAAUGUGUUUGUAAAGUUGGAUAUUAUGAAGAGUAGAAUCAAUGUUAUAGAUGCGAAUAUCCAUGUAAAGCAUGUUUAAGUAAAACAAUAUGUUCAGAAUGUUUUCAAUUAUCUAAUUUAAACUUAGAUGAGAAUGCUCAAUGUAAAUGUAAUCCAGGGUACUUCUGGAAGUAGAACAAUUGUUUUUAAUGUUAUUAAUCUUGCUUAACUUGUGUAGAUGAUUAAUUUAAUUGUCUUACUUGUGAUUAAUUACUGCAUCGAAUUUAAAAAAAUCACAAAUGUGAGUGUGCUUAAGAUUAUUUUGAAAGUGAAGAUUUAGUAUGCAUAUCAUGUUUGAGUGCUUUAGGGAAAACUUAAGAAAUUUGCAAAUAUUAGGAUUGUAAAGAUUAAAAUUGGACAUAUGGAGAAGAAUGUGAUGAUGGUAAUGAUGUAAUUAGAGAUGGUUGCUCAAAUUGUAGGAUUGAUCAUAAUUAUUCUUGUCAUAAUGAAAUAAUGAAGUAGUCAAUUUGUUUUCAAUGCUCAGCUCAUUGCAACUAAUGUCAAUUUGAUCCUUUGACAAAAAAGUCGCAAUGUAUUAAAUGCGAUAUUGGAUAUUUCUUGGAUAAAAAUGAUUGUGUUGAAUGUUCAAUUAAUUGUUUAGAAUGUAUUGACUAAGCUUAUAAUUGCGUAAGUUGUAAGUUUCCGCAAUAAAAGAAUAAUAAGUGUUAACUCUGCGAAUCUGGAUAUUAUGCUGAUGAGAUUAAUGGAACUUGUUUCAACAAUUGUGGAGAUUAAAUUAAAGUAAAAGAGGAGGAAUGUGAUGAUGGCAACACCAUUAAAGGUGAUGGGUGUGAUAAUUUAUGUAAGCUAGAAAAUAAGUAUAUAUUUAAAAACGGCGUAAGUAUCGUACCAAACUAUCCAAAGCCAUUAUUAUAGAGCGUAGGAUCCUCUUAAGUUUACUCUAUUAUUCGAUUGUUUAAAUUAUCCUAUUCUGUUCCAAUUGUUAUUAGUAAAGGCUUUCAAAUAAAAGAUUAUCUGACCUUUCACAUCUAGAACGAUCUUGGUGUGCAAUAAAUGGAUUAGUCCAUCCAACUCACUCAAGAAACUUCAUAGGUCAAUGAGUUUAAUUAAUCUCAAUUCAGUUUGAUGAUAAACAUCACUUUCUCAAGAAGCUCGUAAGAUGAAAACUUAUUAGUCAAAUUCUAAAAUAAAUCUGUUAUUUAUUCAAAUGAAGGAUACUCCCAAUUUGAGGCAGAAGUCUCUUGCCUUAUACCUAAAGUGAUAUACAUAGAUAAUGCAGUUAUUGCUCAAGUGCAAUUAGCAACCAAUAGUAACUCCUAUAUGCUCUACUUUAUUGGGGCAAUGUGUGGAGGAUCAGUGAUAUUUGGAGGAGUGGAAGUCUUUUUCAAUUUGCUAGAUACUCUCUAAAUGCUAUCUUAUUUGAAAUACAUUAAUACAUAACUCCCUUAUAAUUUAUAAAACUAUUUUGAACUUUUUGGAUUUGCUUAGUUUAAUUUUAUUUAGAAGAUAUUUAAUUUCUCUGGAUUUAUUGAUCUACUAGUCGAUCCUAAACAAUUAAAGAAGAUACCAAAAAAAGUAGCAAGUGAUGAAAUAACGCCCCUCUUUAUUAUUAAUUCUGCAACAAUUACUACAGUUUGGAUUUCACUUUUUGGUAUAUAUGCAAUUGCAAAAUUAAUACCAAAGAUUUUGAACUAAAUCAAAUUUAAGUUUUAUUCUGACACUGAAACUGAAAAUUCUAGGCUUAUUUAAAUUGGAGUAUACUAUUUGACUAUUAAGUAUGUCAUUAGUCGGUUGUGUUUUGCUGUCAUAUAAGAAUUCUUCUAUAGUGGAAUAUUACGUGCUCAUAUGGAUACGGCAUAUGAUUUUACUUUCAGCGUAGUACUAUAAUUGUAUGCCUAAUAAGUUAACUCAUAAAAUUUAUAUAUUAGAAUCAGCUCUUUAUUGGCUUGCGUUGCAGGUGCAAUAUACAUCUUUAGCAUCUACUUUGUAAUAAGAUUAUCCCAAAUGAAGAAAUAUGCUUUAAAAAAUUAGGAGAUCUAGGCUAAGUAUGGAUCUAUUUUUGAUGGAAUUAAAAAAGAUCAAUUUUCCAAAUAUCUUAAUGCCAUACUUCUAAUCAAAAAACUUAUCUUUAUGAUUUUAUUAAUUUUUGCAUAUGAGUUUCCAACCUUUCAAACAAUCAGCAUUACUCUUCUAUCAAUUUCGGUGAGCCUGUUUUAUAUCUUAUUCAGUCCUUUAGAAGAUAGAUUGGAGUAUUUUAAAUAGUUAUUUUCUGAAGUUAGUAUAUCUUGCACACUUUUGAAUAUAACUAUUUUGACUUGUGAUUUUGAGUUAACUUAUUUUACAUACCAGAUUCGAUAAUAUUUUGGGUGGAGUUGCAUUUUUUUUAUGACUUUAAUAUUAUUCAUUCAAAUGGGGAUUGAUGGGUUUUAACAAUGGAGGUUUAUUUUUCAAAAGUAUAAGCAAGUUAGAAAAAUAGCUAAAUUAAUACUUGGAGCGUUUAAAAAUGACAAAUAAGUUCCUGCUUCUUCUAUCAUUUUCUAAUGA